AUGGAUGGGCUAAUACAAAUGUUACCGCCAUCGUUAAGAAAAUUUUCCACAUAUAUUGAUUUUGUUGGACAGCGAAGAGCGGAACGAAUUUUUCAGUUGAUAUUAGUGUUAACGGCUGUGAUUGGAUAUGGUAUUGGCUAUGUUACGGAGCAACUAUCAUACGCCAUCUAUACAUUAUGCUGUGGCUUUAUUAUAUCAUGUAUUCUUGUUAUACCACCAUGGCCAUAUUUGAGACGUAAUCCAAUACAUUGGCAACCCGUUCAAACAGUUACACCAUCGUCUGCAAAUGCUUCAUCGAAAGAAAAAAAGAAAACAAAAUAA